UUAGAAGCGUAAAAGACUCGCGCCUUGACACAUUAUGAGCGAUCAACAGAAUGAAAUGGCAGCGCUUCUGGACCACAACACAAGCUUCAUUCAGAAGAAAGGCUCCAGCACAACUCAAGACUCGCAGCAGCCGUCACCUUUAGCGCUGCUGGCUGCCACCUGCAGUCGUAUUGAUGAAAACGAAGCGGUAGAUCAGCAGUCACAGCAAAGCCAGACCCAGGACGCACAGAUCGACUUCCAGCAGCCCCAUCUGUCCCACGCCGCCAACGGCUGGCACGGUGGAGCCCCGGUGUCCAGCAGCUCCGCUCCCAGCACAGCCUCGGAGGACAAGAGCAGACCGCCGGCGAUGCAGCAGCAGUAUGUGAUGGCCUCCUCACUAAACCUGCAGAGUCAGCAGGUGCUCACUGCUCUCUCUGGUGUGAUGCCGAAUGUCCAGUAUCAAGUGAUGCCACAGUUCCAGACCGUAGAUGGACAGCAGCUCCAGUUCACUCAGGAAGCCCAGACCGUGUCCUCCACAGCCCCGGGGCAGUUUCAGCUGGUGUCCUCUCUCAACGCUGCCCCCACCAACACAGCCGCUGGCGCUGGCAACAUCUUCACCGUCCCUGGCCUCUUCCAGCAAGCUAUCCCUCUGCAGAGCAUCAGUCUGGGCGGUACAGUGCUGCCCAAUCAGGCACAGUUCCUUACCAACGUGCCUGUCCCACUGAAUGCUAACAUCACCCUUCUCCCAGUGGCAUCUGCUGCCGCUGUUGGAUCUGUAAGCGACGCAAACGCCGGAGGAACCUUAGGAACUUCUCAGCAGCUGCUCCAGAGCACGGCGUCUACAGCUGCAGCAGAGUACUGCACUACCACCGGCACACGGACGGCUGCUUCUGGCGGCGGCGUAACACUGACCCAGAGUAGCACAGGAGCGUCUGAUAACAGAGAGGGACAGAAACCGUGCAAAGCUCAGAUUCUCCUUCAGCCGCAGCAGGUCCUGCAGACCGUCCAGCCCAGCUCCGUCACAGCCAGCGGGCAGCUGUUCGCCACACAGAGCCUGUCUCAGGACGGAGUGCAGAACGUUCAGAUCCAGACCAUCGCCAGCGGCAGCCCCAUCCUGAUCCGCACCGUCGGUCCGAACGGCCAGGUCAGCUGGCAGACACUUCAGCUGCAGAGCCCCGCUAACACCCAGAUCACGCUGGCACAGGCGGGGACGCUCUCCGGCCUUCAGACCAUCAGCCUGAACACGCUGGGAAACACAGGGCCGCAGGGUGUUCCUCUCACCGUCACCAACACAGCAGGUGAAGUGAGCGGCGCAGCUGGAGACGCUCUGGAGGACAGCGGUGUGCUGGAUGAGCGCGUGGAGAGCAGCAGACGCUCGCGCAGGGAAGCCUGCACCUGCCCCUACUGCAGAGACGGAGAGGGACGCAGUGACCCCAGUAAGAAGAAGCAGCACAUCUGUCAUAUUCCUGGCUGUGGCAAGGUCUAUGGGAAGACGUCUCAUCUGCGAGCACACUUGCGCUGGCACACAGGAGAGAGGCCCUUCGUGUGCUCCUGGUCCUUCUGCGGGAAACGCUUCACACGCUCCGAUGAGCUGCAGCGGCGGAAGAGGAGGACACACAGGUGUGAGAAGAAGUUCUCGUGCCCAGAGUGUCCCAAACGCUUCAUGCGCAGUGACCACCUGUCCAAGCACAUCAAGACCCAUCUGAACAAGAGAGGAUGUGCAGGUGACGGCGUCAGCGCUGAUCAGCACACUCUAGUAACUGUGGAGCCGUCCGCCGAAACACCCAGCGGCAUCAGCGUCCUGCAGGUCACCGAUCUGCACUCCAUGCAUCUGAACAGCAAUGGCUAUUAAUGCUCUUUGUGUGGCCAGAGCGGAGCGAGCAUCCGUGAACGAGUGAACAGGGAAAGAGGAGCGCGCUCCCCUCAUCCUCCACCAGACUCCAGCCGAAUCACCCUUACAUGUAUAUUCUGCAUUUCUCAGCUUUCUUUUGCCCUCUUUUCCUGAUUCCCUGAACUGAAAUUGUGAUGUGCUCACCGAAACAUAACUCAGUGGCCACUUAUCAUCAAGAAAUGGGAAAAAUUAUGUGUGAAAACUGAACGACAGAUUUCAAAAACUGUGGAAGUGACAUCGUAAUCUUCUUUUAAUAGUUUACUCACAGGCCAUCAUGCUUUCAUCUGUUAAUCACAGUAAAUGAGAUGAAACAAAAAGAUCUGAUGCUUUUUGUACAGAAGUUAUAUUUUUCUAAGUAUGGAAUACUGCUAAUUCUGAAAUGACCUUUGUUUUGUGAAUGUAUGAAUUAUGCAGUCUUAAAUGUCAACAUUUUUAUAUUAUAUAGAUCUUCUGUAACAUUUUUUGUAUUGCUUUAGUACUUUGUCUUGAUAAACAAAACAUAUUUAAGUUAAAGUUUAACACAUGCAGGCGUGCAGUGCUAACUGUCCCAGGUUUCUUGGUCACUGUGGUCUUAACGUUUGGUUUCUAGGGAAAAUGUUAACCAGUUCAAAUACAGAUGCUUUAAAGCCUUUAUUUAGAGAGGAAUCUUUAAUGAACUUGAGUUCAAACCAAAGCUCUACACUUUCCAUUACAUGUUAACUCAGGUGGAUGUUACUUUUUUGAUGUUAAGCAUUCAUAAUGAUUAAAUUAAGAUGAUCUUCAGAAG